AUGGUUUCUCUUCGCUUCUCAAGCGUGGCUUUACUUGCUGCGGUAGCCAACGCCUUUGUCCAAAAUGCCUCCUCUUCAGACAUCACCGUGUUCGCGUCUACACGUGCCGUUGUGGAUGGCAUGUUGACUGAAGCAACACUGGUAGUCAAUACAACUACAGGAAAGAUUAUUUCCGUUGACAACUCUGUUCGACCUUCUUCCGACUUCCCACCAGGAACAGCAUAUGCGGACUACUCUCCUAAGCUGCUCCUGCCAGGCCUGGUGGAUGCUCACGUGCAUCUGAACGAACCUGGCCGUACCGAAUGGGAAGGUUUCUGGACUGGGUCGAGGGCUGCAGCAUCUGGUGGUGUCACAACUUUGAUUGACAUGCCCCUGAAUGCACUUCCUCCAACCACCACGGUCGAGAAUCUCCUAGCCAAGGUUAGAGCAGCUGAUGGACAAUGCUGGGUUGAUGUGGGCUUUCACGGAGGCCUUAUCCCAAACAACACGGAGCAUCUCAAGCCACUUGUAGACGCUGGUGUCCGUUCCUUCAAGGGGUUCCUGAUCGAGAGUGGCGUGGACGAGUUCCCUGCCAUUGGACCCGACGACAUUGAGGCGGCUCUGCACGCUCUUUCCGGCUCGCCGACCACCGUCAUGUUCCAUGCCGAGAUGGUGCCCCCGAAUAUGACUAUGAUUGGCUCAGGCGCACCGUACACUGGGCCAUUGACCAGCUACCAGACCUACCUAGAUUCUCGGCCUCCCACCUUGGAAACUUACGCCAUCAGCCAGAUCCUAUCGAAGGCCCACAUCGCCCCUGACUUGGAUAUGCACAUCGUCCAUCUUUCGGCCGCCGAGGGCAUUCCGCUGCUUCGCGAAGCGCGGGCCCGUGGUGUUCGCAUCACUGCUGAAACCUGUUUCCACUAUCUCAGUCUUGCCGCCGAGGAGGUACCCGAGGGAGACACGCGCUAUAAGUCAGCUCCUCCUGCUCGUGAUCUUGCCAACCAGGCAUUGCUUUGGGACGAACUCUCGAGAGAUAACGGCGAAGGUGUCAUCAAAACGGUCGUCUCGGAUCAUUCCCCUUGCACACCUGAUCUCAAACUCAUCCCGGAAUCAUUCCCUAUUGCACCUCACAGUCAUAAGGGUAGUGAUGGCGACUUCUUUAGUGCCUGGGGUGGCGUCAGCAGCUUGGGAUUGGGGCUAUCUAUCCUAUGGACGGACGCAAAGGAAAAGGGCGUCACUAUUGAGGAUAUUGUACGCUGGACAAGCACCAACACAGCACGCCAAGUUGGCCUGGAGCAAGAAAAGGGCAACCUCGGCGUCGGAUUCGAUGGAGAUGUGGUCGUUUUUGACGACGCAGCUACCUUCCAAGUCAACCCCGAGACCAUGUACUUCCGGAAUGAGGUGUCUCCCUUCGAUGGAAAGACGCUCAAAGGUGCUGUCGACGAGACUUGGUUGCGUGGCAAGAAAAUCUUUGAUCGCAAGACAGGAUUCGAUGAGGAGCAGGGACCCGUUGGAAGAACAAUUCUGGAACCUAGGCGCCGACAAGCUGUGCGGAUGGUGUAG